CCAGUUCUCUUUAGUGUUUGCCAAUGUUGGAGGUGUAACUGGGGUCUGGCCCUGGACAAAGGAAUAGAGCAUGGCUCAAGUGAAAGUACAGACCUCAGCGCCCCUGGCUGGUCCUGGCCUCUCCCCCGGAGUCCCCCCGACGGCCAUGGCCAGCCCAGGAACCCUGGGUCUGCAGCCCUCCGUCAAUGGCACAGGCCCGGCCCCCACACCCGCCUGCCCUGCUCCUGCAGUCGGAUAUGGGGACGCCCCUGUGUCUGCCUCUCCACCAGGCCCACCCCAGGAGAACAUGGCAAACCCUAAAGAGAAAACUCCAAUGUGUUUGGUGAAUGAGUUAGCCCGUUUCAAUAGGAUCCAACCACAGUACAAGCUCCUCAAUGAGAGAGGCCCCGCACACGCUAAGAUCUUCACAGUGCAGCUGACUCUUGGGGAGCAGAUGUGGGAGGCCGAGGGCACCAGCAUCAAAAAGGCCCAGCACUCCACGGCUGCCAAAGCACUGGCUGAGAGUGUCCUUCCCAGGCCAGCGCCCCGCUCUCCGAAAGUUGACGUCAACAGCAAUCCAGGCAGUAUAACACCUACAGUGGAGCUGAACGGUCUGGCCAUGAAAAGAGGGGAACCAGCUAUCUACAGGCCUUUGGAUCCCAAGCCCAUGCCCAACUACAGAGCCAAUUACAACUUCAGAGGGAUGUUUAACCAAAGGUACCAUUUUCCUGUUCCUAAGACCUUCUAUGUGCAGCUUUCCGUUGGGAGUCAUGAGUUUAUUGGCGAGGGACGCACCCGCCAAGCAGCCAGGCACCACGCUGCCAUGCAGGCCCUGCAAGCCCUGCGCAAUGAGCCCAUCCCAGAGCGGCCACCACAGACUUCGGAGGAAAAAGCGGAGACUGAAGAAGGCACCGACGCCAGCAAAUCAGAAAUUAGCCUGGUCUAUGAAAUUGCCCUCAAGAGGAAUCUGUCUGUUAAUUUUGAGGUAUUGAAGGAGAGCGGCCCCCCACACAUGAAAAGCUUCCUAACCCGUGUCACCGUCGGGGAGUUUUCUGCCGAGGGCGAGGGCAACAGCAAGAAGUUGUCCAAGAAGCGCGCCGCCCUGUCCAUUCUGCAAGACCUGAAGAAGCUGCCCUUCAUACCCACUGUGGAGAAACCCAAGACACACUACAAAAAGCGCACCAAGACCAUCCUCAAGACGGAACCCGACUAUGGCCAGGGCAUGAACCCCAUCAGCCGCCUAGCCCAGAUCCAGCAGGCCAAGAAGGAGAAGGAGCCCGAGUACCUGCUGUUGUCUGAGAGAGGGAUGCCCCGACGUAGAGAGUUCAUCAUGCAGGUGAAGGUGAAUAACGAGGUUGCCACGGGAACGGGACCCAACAAGAAGGUGGCCAAGCGAAACGCGGCGGAGGCGAUGCUCCUGCAGCUGGGAUACAAGGCCUCUACAGUCCCUCAGAACCCCGCCGAGAUGGACAACAAAGGCUGGAAUGGACAAAAGGCGUCUUUUACCGAAGCGACAAGUAACACCCAGAAAGGUCUGCUCCACCUCAGCCCAGACGUCUAUCAGGAGAUGGAGGCCAGUAGAAAACAGAGCGGCGGCGCCCCGGGCCCCGGGGGCAGCAGCGGAGGCUCGGUCAACUACAUGACGUCCAAAGACAUGGGGCCCUGCUCGUCCCCGCUUCCCCCGGGACACCCUCCCUAUUACAGCGGCUCGUCCACCUCGCCCAGCCCCACCGCCACCAUGGCCAGGGAGCUGCUGCUUAAUGGUCAGUCGCCCACAGCCGAAGCCUCGAUGCCCAUCAAGGGAAAGAACCUUGCCUGCGGCGUCUCGGUACAGCCAGCGCAGCAGCUGGACUACCUGGCUCGCAUCCAAGGCUUCCAGGUGCAGUACAGUGAUGCGCAGAGUGGUAAGGAAUUCGUGACCUAUCUGACCCUCUCCCCUGUGCAAAUGACUUUCCACGGCACCGGGAGCACCCUCCAAGCCAGCCAUGACCAGGCUGCUCUAAGUGCCUUGAAACAGCUGUCGGAGCAGGGACUGGACCCGGUGGAUGGCCCCAUCAAGACCAGUGAACCGUGCGGGAGGGAGGACGGACAUUAAACAGACUAACUCAGGCACCACCACUCAGGUCUGCAAGGAUUCAAAGGCUGUCGUCUAGGAGCUGACAACCCCAAAACCCACACCGACCCCGAACCCGCACCGACCCCCCCCCCCCACUACCCACAAUCCUCCCUCCCUCCCUCCCACCUAUCCCUUUCCCCCACCCCACGAUUGCCGCUGUAUCCUGCAAAACCUGUCAACAUGCAAUAGGGUGGAUGUGCACCGAGAAAUGACCGAAACCAUUACCUGAGUCUAUGUGAAGACAACGCUAUCUUAACACGUUUAUCGAUGAGUUCAGUCAGAAAAUUUCAGAGGACAAAAAAAAAAAUAAAUCAAUGGAAUAAAUACGAAACAAAUUAAUGAGAUAAAUGCAUGGUACUGUAUGAAAAUUAAGGGAACUCCAAAGUGCUACACUGCAUAGACAAUUUUCCCUUUGGAUAAAUGUUGGUAUGGUUAAAACAAAUAUGUACAUCAUGCCAUUGAAGUAUAAACGAAACAUUUUAGGGGAGAAACCAACUUGCGUACCGUAGCUUGUUUUUUCGGGGGUAUUAUGUUUCCUUUUCUUUUUUUUCUUUUUUUUUUUUAUUUGGUUUAUUUUUAAAAAAAAAAAUUUGUUUUGUUUUUGUUAUUUUAUUAAUCUAACAAUGCUUGAGUACUGUAUUUAAAAUUAACCAAUGCCAGUGCUGUGAAAGUUGUAGUUGUUGUCUUCAUAUAUAGUCACCCAGCUUACCUUGUAUGCUGACAUUAAA